AUGGACAUGUGUCCUGCAGACCUCCCUCUUGGCUUCUGCAGAGCCUCUCUCUCUGAGGACCUGCAGGAUGUUCUGUGUCCCGUGGUCUUGCUGCUGGCCCAUGUGUCUUCCCCAAAGAUUCUGUGCAAGCUCAGCUUGGAGGGUGAGCACUCCACACCCUCAAGUGCCUAUGGGUCAGUCAAAGCCUACACCAACUUUGAUGCUGAGAGGGAUGCUCUGAACAUCGAAACAGCCAUCAAGACCAAAGGUGUGGAUGAGGUCACCAUCGUGAAUAUUCUGACCAACCGAAGCAAUGAACAGAGACAGGACAUCGCCUUCGCCUACCACAGAAGGACCAAAAAGGAACUUCCAUCAGCACUGAAGUCAGCCUUAUCUGGCCACCUGGAGACAGUGAUUUUGGGCCUAUUGAAGACACCUGCUCAGUAUGACGCUUCUGAGCUAAAAGCUUCCAUGAAGGGGCUGGGGACUGAUGAGGACUCACUUAUUGAGAUCAUCUGCUCAAGAACCAACCAGGAGCUGCAGGAAAUUAACAGAGUCUACAAGGAAAGUGAGCAGCCCGAUUACUGUGAUUCACCCUCUUAGCCCAGUUUCCAUGACUCCACAUGGCUCCCUGGCUCAAUGCUGGGGACAGGAGGCCGGCUUUAUAGAUGUGCAGCAGGAACUGUGACCUUGGCCUCCAUGUGAGGCUGGCCACCUCCAUCUGUGUUUUUUCUGUUUUUGUUUUUGUGGGACUGGGGUUUGAAUUCAGGACUUCAUGCUUGCAAAGCAGUCACUCUACCUUGUGAGCCAC